AAAAGAGAACCGGGCCGCCGAAUUCAACGGUUUCUCCUCGACCAUUUAGGGUUUUCGUCGUCGCCGCCGCCGCAGCUGUGUUCCGGACCAACCGCGGAAAUGCCGUCGCACAAGACGUUUCGGAUCAAGAAGAAGCUAGCGAAGAAGAUGCGGCAGAACAGGCCGAUACCUCACUGGAUCCGCAUGAGGACCGACAACACAAUUAGGUACAACGCGAAGCGCAGGCAUUGGCGCCGCACGAAGCUAGGGUUUUGAGAAUGCCCUAGGUGGGUUCAAUGGCUUUCUGUUUUCCUCGUCCUUGCUUUUAGUAAUUGCAAGUUGUCGAUCGUUUCUCUUUGUUGCACUCUAAUGUUGUGGAAGGAGAAGUGGUCGUAAUAGAAUUUGGUUCAUUUUGGCCGUAUAGCCAUAGUUUGUGUUAUGCAACUUCAUUGUACUUUCAUUAUGCCUAAAGACGUGUCUUUAUUUUGAGGAUUUCAUAUUGCUUUCGAUUAAACUUA